AGGUCCGGCCCUGCCUGGCAGAGUGUCAUCAUGAUGGAGGAAAAGCAGGAGAGGCAGGUUGUUUAGCCGAGGAGUGAAGAAGAGGAAGAGAAAAACACUGCACUCCGACACAGCCUCUGCUUUAAUUCACCUGUUAUUAUUACACGCCGGCCUUUCCUCCAUCAGCAGAACGAGAUCUGACAACAUGAAGCAUUUCCUCAGAGCGGUGAGCCAGUUCUUCGUCUUCCUCUACUGUAAGUUCCUGUGGCGAGGACUGAAGUUUGUCGCCAGGAAGUUCACGGGACGAUGUGAGCUGCAGAGAAUCUGCUACAACAACAAGCACGGAGCCCGCAGGACCCUCAAGAUAGAAUCGUCUCUGAAAUACUCUAAGAAUGGGCUGCUUCAGUCGGCCCUCAGCGUCCAUCCUGACAAAGUGGAGAAGACCAUUGAAGACAUCAUGUCCUUGAAGAAGAUCAACCCGGACACAAACCCACAGCUGAGUAUUUCCCUGCAGGCCAGUCUGCUGCAGAUCGUCGGCUACAGGAAUCUGGUGAUGGAGGUGGAGAAGCUGCGCAGAGAACCAUACGACUGUGAAAACCCCGAGCACGAGGACAUGCUGAUGAAGCUGUGGAAGGAGCUGCGCGCCGACACGCCUCUCACCGGCCGCAUCUCCAAACAGUGGUGUGAGAUCGGUUUCCAAGGCAACGAUCCAAAGACUGAUUUCAGAGGCAUGGGCCUGCUGGGUCUGCACAACCUGCUGUAUUUUGCAGAACACGACAAAGCGACUGCUCUGCAGAUGCUCAACGACUCGCUGCAGCCAAAGCACAAUGAGAUUGACAAGGCUGAGUGGGAACAGAAGAACCUUGACAAAGCUAUCGGUUAUUCCUUUGCCAUCGUGGGCAUCAACAUCACAGACCUGACUCACGCUCUGCUGGUGAGUGGAGCUCUGAAGACUCACCUGUACAACGUGGCUCCAGAGACGCCCAGUCUGCUGCACUUCCAGCAAACCUUCUGUUACCUGAUGCAGGAGUUCCACCGGUUCUGGAUCGAGGAGGAUCCCAGCGACAUCAUGGAGUUCAACCGGGUCCGCUCCAAGUUCCACAGGAGGAUCCUGCGGCAGCUGAAGAACCCGGACAUGGCUCUGUGUCCCCACUUCUCCGCCUCUGACCUCCACCUGGUUAACCUCUAAACACACACACACACACACACACACACACACACACACAGUCCAGACCCCCCCCCCCCACACUGAACCCCACAUGUCCCCACAGAGCCCAGUUAUCCCCCAGGUGUCCGCCAGUCCCAAAACCCUUUACACUCAAACAGAGAUGGUUCCUAAAACAGCUGGACACAUCUGGGGGGGGGCGUCUCUCUUUCCUCUGCUCCGCCCACCUCGUCCCAGCUAACACGUCAUGUCGCGUCACUGCCAACAGCUCACACACACACACACACACGCACACACGCACGCACACACACUGCCUCUACGCCUUCACUGCACUGUUAGACCACCAGCAUCAGAGAUGACCAUAGCGAUUGUAGCUCUGCAUGAGGAGGCCGCGCCACCGCACCACUGCGCCACCACGUCACCACAUCUCACACACACACACACACACACACACACACUAAUUUCCUGUUUCACGUUGCUUUAAUGGUUCAUGAUUGAUUGUAUCACAGCCGUUACACCUCAGUUUAGUCAUUUAUUUAACAAACCAAACUUGAGUUUUCCAAAUCCAAUCGCUCAUCAGCUCAGUAUUGUAUUCUGGCAGUUAAAGCUGGUCGUUAACCUCUAUUAACUGAUUUGUGUGAAUAUGGAGAAUCUUUAGGCAAUGGACAAGAUUCUGGGGCUCGUUUGACCAAUCGUAUUUGAGCAGGCUUGUUUCCUAGUGUCCUUGUAUCGGUUAUCGUCCUGGUGGAGCUCCAAGAAGACGAUCUCUUUAUUCAACUUGGUUAUCUAGAGGAAGUAAAAGUUGUUUCCGUCUGGUUCGCUCGACUGAGUCAGCGGCUGCAGAUACUUGUUUAUAACUGUCAGCCAACAGUGUUGGGGAAAGUUCAUUUUCAAAUAACUUCAUCUCUUUGUUGCAGUGACAGGUUCAUUUUACCUGAGCUCAACUUUCAUUUUACUGUGAUAUUCUUGUGCUUUUUUAAAGAAAAGGUACAACUUUCCGCAAAAGUAAACGCUCUUGACGGCUGAACUGCAGAAUUCUGUGCAACCGACUUGGCUGAUUUUACUUUUCCUGUUGCAAAAAAUGUGCAGGAAUAAAUCGCAGCAAAAUAAAAGCAACAGAUUACUUAAAAAUAAGCAACUAAAUAACUUGAGUACUUUAAUUGUUUACUUUUUACAUUACAAAAAUAAUCUUAGUACCCGGUAAAAAGUUUCCCCAACACACUUGGCCAAAAACCUGUUGUUGACAGUUGUGAAAAAAUAAAACUGUAUUUGGGGAAAACAGCUCAGUUUGGAGCCCCAAAAUAUUGACCACAGGCUAUAAGAGGUUGAUAUGUGUCAAAAACAAGUUUUUAAUUCAAAGUGAAGAGCUAUAAAUAUAUAUAUAUAUAUAUGAGUUUAGAAGAAGAUUUAGAUCAUAUUAAGUCGCGCUGAUUCAAUCAAGAGCAAUCAAACAUCAGAGUCAGUUCAUCUCUUAACUUUGUAUAUGGCGGCGAGUAUUAUAGAUUGUAUUUUAGGUACUUACUUAUUAUACCGACAUUUACACCUAAGAUUUCUACCUUUUGCCAAAUCAUGGAAUGUGGAGAGUUUAAAAUUAGAGCAGCAUUUUGUUUCUUGUAAACCUGUAAAAAAAGAGAAAAAAAAGAAAAGCUGUUCAUAAAUACUUUAAAUAAAUACUUUGUGCUGUAGCAUUUGGCAACAUUGUUUCCAACAUUGGACACUAAAAGAGUUUCUUCUCUUCUUCUUCUAAUAUUUUGACAUUAUUUCUUAUGCACAUGUUUACACGCGGUAGAAGUAUUUAAAAAAUACUAUAAUAUGAACCUUUUUUUUUACGGGAUUACGACAGCGUUUGCCUUUUUUGAGCCCCGCGCACAUAAAGUAUGUUCUUUUACGAAUGUUUUUCACAUCCACGAUUGUUUGCUUCUACUUUAAUUCAUUGAAUGUGACACUGUGUCCACUGUUGUAUCAGCCAAAGCAAUAAUUUACAUUCACGCCACUGCACAUUUCUGGAAUUGUGUUGAUGUAUUUGCACCACGCGCGCCUAAGUGCUCGCUAACUCAGAGCUGGGAUCUGUCAAACAGUGUGAAGGAGAUCAGGGCUGCAACUAACAAUUAUUUUCAUAAUCAAUUAUUUCUGGUGAGUAAUUUCUUGAUUAAUUGAUUUGUUGUUUGGUCAACAUCGAAUGUUAGAAAAUGUUGAAAAAUGGGGAUUAUCGUUUUUCAAAUCGAGAAAUGAUGAUGUUCUCAAACGUCU